CAAACCAUGAAAUCAGAAACAUAAAAACAAAAUAAGUGUGUAAACAACACUACAAAGGUUCGAAGAGAAGAGAAGAAGAAACUCAGAAAGUGAGAAAGAGAAGUGCCGCUGCCAUCGCCGCAGCCUUCAUUAUCGGCGGUGUUCUCUUCGUCGGGCGAGAGUUCAACAAGAGAGAGAAAAUCAUGGAUGUUGUCCAGCUCUUACAGAGGCAAUUCAUCGACUAUAUGAAGUCUUUGUACAGGGAGCAUUAUUUGGAUGAUCAGUUCAACCAAUUGCAGAAAUUGGCUGAUGAGAGUAGCCCAGAUUUUGUUAUUGAAGUUGUUACUCUUUUCUUCCAAGAUUCUGAGAAGCUCCUUGAGAAUUUGAGCAAAGCUCUUGAGCAGCCUGCUGUAGAUUUCAACCAAGUGGCAAAUCAUGCUCAUCAGUUUAAGGGGAGUAGUUCUAGCAUUGGUGCACAUAGGGUCAAAAACCAAUGUGUUAAAUUUCGAGCUUUUUGCGAGGAGAAAAAUCGUGAUGGAUGUCUUGCGUGUCUGCAAGAGUUGCAGCAGGAGUAUGUUGUUCUGAAAAAGAAAUUCGAAAUACUUUUCCAGCUGGAGCAAGAGAUUGUGAAAAAUGGUGGGACAGUUCCUACCAUGGAUUAAGUCUUUGAAACUCAAGGCAAAACGAAAAAAAAGAGACUGGGUAGAUUGCGCUUGAUGAUUCAGACCCUUUUACAGGUCUCCGUAACCUUCUCUUGAGAACCACUGUGAAUAACCAUUUCUAAAUCUAAUACUUUAGAUACCAUUUUCAUGUGAGAUAUAUUUCUGCCUUUAUUUGUUACCAUGUAGGUGACAAAAUGUUACAUGAUGUUCUUGAUGUUUUUUAAGUUGUGUUUAGUAUUGAAGCUUCUUUGUGGUUGACUUGUAUUCCAUUUGUAUCUUACUAUAUUGAAUUGCUUCAGGUAUUGGCUGGUUGGAUGGGUAAUGGGUUUUAAAAUUUGUCA